AUUUUCAUUUAGGAGAUUAAUCUGUUAAACAGAGGGAGAGAGAGAGCGCGUUGAGAUGGUCUGUUGUAGCUCUCCAAGCACAUUCAAUUUCAUUCGUAAUCUAUUCUUCAAUGACUGUAGAAGAUAUUCCAAAGCAGGGAGAUGAAGCUGAGAGGGCAGAAAGAUCCGUUGGUUGGAUGUUCUGGAAGACAAGACGGUACAUUGUUGUCCUCAUGAUCUUCCUAGGAUUCUUCAGCAUCUACUCCAUUAGAGUAUGUCUCAGUGUGGCCAUUGUAGCCAUGACGGAGAAGUUCAACAUGACCCUCGACAAUGGAACAAUUGUUGAGGAUCAGCACUUUGAUUGGAAUUCAAAGCAACAGGGUCUCAUCCUCAGUUCCUUCUUCUACGGCUACAUCUGGACUCAAGUGCUCGGUGGUGUAUUGGCAUCGAAAUUCGGUGGUUAUUAUAUUUUCGUUUUUGGCGUCGGAGGAUCAGCCUUGAUGGCUCUCCUAACUCCCGUUGCAGCAUCCUUCAGCAUUUACAUGCUAAUGACUGCUCGGAUCCUCGAAGGCCUAUUUGAGGGUAUAAAUUUUCCCUCAAUGCACGCCCUGCUCAGUCGUUGGGCUCCAGUCUAUGAAAGAUCACGAAUGGCAAGUUUCUGUAUUGCUGGCUGCUACACAGGAACUGUUGUAGCGCUCCCUCUCUCCGGAUUAUUGGCUUCGACGUUAGGAUGGAAGAGUAUUUUCUACUUUUACGGAUGCUUUGGGGCAGCAUGGGCUAUUCUGUGGCUUAUCCUUGUGAGAUCAUCUCCAGAAACAGAUGGCUUCAUCUCAAAAGAAGAACGGAGCUACAUUGCAAAGAGUUUGGGAAAUGAGACGGAAGAAAAGAAGAAGAUUGUUCAUCCUUGGAAGGCAAUUUUGACAUCAAUGGCUGUUUGGGCAAUAGUUGUGUCGCAUUUUUCACAAAAUUGGGGAUUUGAUACUUUCCUAACACAGCUGCCAACCUUCCUUAAUGAUAUUCUUGGACUUGAAAUACAGGCAACGGGAAUAAUAUCAGCUCUACCUUACUUGACGCUUAGUUGUCUGCUAGUUGUAGGAGGUUACUUUGCAGAUUGGUGCCAGAUUAGAGGAUAUCUUACAACAGGACAGGUUCGACGAUACUUCAACUGUGGAGCUUUCGUUUUGCAGUGCUUGUUUGUCCUGCUAGCAGCCUUCUUGAGCAAUUCUGUUGGAAUUAUUCUCAGUUUAACUUUGAGCGUAGGACUGGGAGCUUUUGCCAACAUCGGGUACAUGAUCAAUCCUCUGGAUCUGGCCCCUAAUCAUGCAUCUGUGAUAUUUGGCAUCUCUAACACAAUAGCCAAUAUUCCAGGGAUCAUUAGCCCCCUCUUAGCAGGUGCAAUUGUAACCGACAAAGCCAGAGAACAAUGGCAGAUUGUUUUCUUUAUUGUUGUUGCCAUCAAUGUGAUCGGAUGCUUAGUUUACUGGUUCUUUGCAAAAGGAGAACUCCAACCGUGGGCUCAGACGUCAUCAGAUUGUAUUGAAACAUCCCAAGAUCGUCAUAAAAUUGAAGAAAAAAGCGCAGAUAAUGAGAAGUCGUCAUAAACUAGCUCAUGAUCGUAAAAUAAAUUGUAUGAAAAAAAAGGUCUCUUUAUCACCAAACUAUAGUUUCACUAAAGUUGGAUGUUCUCAAUUGAAAGUUCAGUAUUUUGGAGAUCUUCGAACUGGUAGGAUGUGGCCAAAGUGUUUGUUUAAUGUAAUUAGACAAGUAAUUGGUGAAAAGAGUUCUAAGAAGUGAUUAAAUCUGUUUUAAUUUCAAA